AUGGCCCCAACUACAUGGUCCAAGGUGGCUGUCGCAGCAGUGAUGGCCCCAACUACAUGGUCCAAGGUGGCUGUCGCAGCAGUGAUGGCCCCAACUACAAGGUCCAAGGUCGCUGUCGCAGCAGUGAUGGCCCCAACUACAUGGUCCAAGGUCGCUGUCGCAGCAGUGAUGGCCCCAACUACAUGGUCCAAGGUGGCCGUGGCAGCAGUGAUGACCACAACUGCAUGGUCCAAGGUCGCUGUGACAGCAGAGAUGACCACAACUACAUGGUCCAAGGUCGCUAUCGCUGAAGUGCUGACCCCAACUGCAAGGUCCAAGGUGGCUGUGGCAGCAGUGAUAACCACAACUGCAUGGUCAAAGGUCGCUGUGACAGCAGUGAUGACCACAACUACAUGGUCCAAGGUCGCUAUCGCAGCAGUGAUGACCAAAACUGUAUGGUCCAAGGUGGCUGUGGCAGCAGUGAUAACCACAACUGCAUGGUCAAAGGUCGCUGUGACAGCAGUGAUGACCACAACUACAUGGUCCAAGGUCGCUAUCGCAGCAGUGAUGACCAAAACUGUAUGGUCCAAGGUGGCUGUCGCAGCAGUUAUGGCCCCAACUAUCUGGUCCAAGGUCGCUGUGCCAGCGGUGAACAACACAACUGCAUGGUCCAAGGUCGCUGUGACAGCAGUGAUGACCACAACUGCAUGGUCAAAGGUCGCUGUCGCAGCAGUGAUGACCACAACUGCAUGGUCCAAGGUGGUUGUCGCAGCAGUUGUGACCCCAACUACAUGGUCCAAGGUCGCUAUCGCAGCAGUGAUGACCACAACUGCAUGGUCCAAAGUCGCUGUGACAGCAGUGAUGUCUACAAAUGCAUGGUCCAAGGUCGCUGUGACAACAGUGGUGACCACAACUGCAUGUUCCAAGGUCGUUAUCGCUGCAGUGAUGACCACAACAACAUGGUACAAGGUCGCUGUGACAGCAGUGAUAACUGAUAACCACAGCUGCAUGGCCCUAGGUCGCUGUCGCACAGUAAUGACCACAACUGCAUGUUUCAAAAUACAUGUAGCAGUCGCAGCAGUGAUGACGACAACUGCAUGGUUCAAGGUCGCUGUCGCAGAAAUGAUGACCACAGCUGCAUGUUCAAGGUCACUGUAG